AUGGGCGCGGAGCGGCGCCCUGGAGUCGCGCGAGCUGACGUUUUCGCCCGCGCGCAGUUUCUUGACCACGCGCGUGGAGCCGGGCGCCCGCUCGGUGACAAAGUACGGCGCCAACAUGCGCAGGCGGAAAAUGUCAUGGAUCAAGUCGUGGGUGUAGAAGGAAACACCGGCAUAGGGCACCAUGCCGAGGAUGGUGGGGCCAAAGCCACGGUAGAAGUUGGAGAGCGGCACCAACGCCGCCGGCACCGUCUUGCGCAUGAACUUGAGCCAGCGCGGGUCCAGGUCGCGCAGCGGCGGGUGUUCGGCGUACACCAGGCGCACAAUGGCCCAGAUGCGCCCGCGGUGGUGGGCGACAAAAUCCGCAUGGUGCGGGUGGCGCGCGGCGUGGGCCAAGGCGCGGGUCUCGAAGGCAAGCCGCACGCGCACCAAGUCGAGCGGGUAGGUGAAAAACACCGACGCAAGGCCGGAGAGCGAGCCGGCCAUGAAACGGCGUGCGGCGGUCUCGUGGAUGUCGUUGGGGAUGAGAAUGCUGCGGAUCUGCUCGUAGGCGACAAACUUGAUGGCCGCGUAGGGGAAAAUGCGCAAAAGCGUCACCAGGUGGCCCUGGAAAAGGCCCAAAAAGCCGUCGGACGCCACGAUCUUGCGGGCGGCGCGGCCGAGCCCGAAGAGCGAGCCGCGGAACUCGAGAAACUCAGGGUUGGACGUCUGGAACAAGAUCUUGAUCCGGUCCAACGGCGCUAUGAGUGUUUUCGCCGCAGACCCCGAGAUGCCGCCAGCAAGGCCCGAGCGCAACACGUACUCGGCCGAGUGUUUGUCGAUCGUUUUGAUUUCGUCCGGCGGGAGAAAGUCCAGCGACAUGAUGCUAGAUGGUUAAUGCUCGACGUCUGCGCUCGCCUAAAAAUGGUGAUAGUGGCUCGAACUUCCAAUGACUUUUGGUGCUUCGCGAUUUGCGGGGCCUGUGUUAGGCGCAGGACGGUUCGUGUGGGCGAGAUGGCGCGAGGUGGCUGGGUGGGAUGCGUUUUUUGA